ACAGCUCAGGCCAGCAGCGGCGGCGGCGGCGGUGGCGGCGAGGCUCGCGCCCCGGAGGAGCUGGACCGUGCAGAGCCUGCGCACUUUAGAUGGCAUGGAGCCCCGGAUAUUGCACUCGAUUUAAUCUGGCAACCAAGAAGCGAUCGGGGAUGUUCUGGGAGCAAAAGAAGCUUGGAAGAAAGUGCCCCUGACGAUCCAGGGAAGAGAGAGGAACUGCCAACAUAAAUUAGUCCUUACGAACUGCCCCCUCCCCCAAUUAACGGUGGGGGCGGAGAGCGAUCUGGAAAGUAACGCUGUGAUUGCAGGCGUGGAGCACAGCAGCAAAAACAGGAUGGAAAUGUCUGCCCAGAGGUCGACUUCUAACAGAACAUCGCUGCAGUCAGCAUCUAACUCCGACUAUACUUGGGAAUACGAGUACUAUGAGAUCGGACCUGUUUCCUUUGAAGGACUGAAGGCUCAUAAAUAUUCCAUUGUGAUUGGAUUCUGGGUUGGCCUUGCAGUCUUUGUGAUUUUCAUGUUUUUUGUGCUGACUUUGCUGACGAAGACAGGCGCCCCACACCAAGACAAUGCAGAGUCCUCAGAGAAGAGGUUCAGAAUGAACAGCUUUGUGUCAGACUUUGGGAAGCCACUGGAAUCAGACAAGGUGUUUUCUCGUCAGGGCAACGAGGAGUCCAGGUCUCUUUUCCAUUGUUACAUCAAUGAAGUGGAGCACUUGGACAGGGUUAAAGUUUGCCACCAAACAACAGCCAUCGACAGUGAUGUCCAAUUCCAGGAAGCCAUCAGAAGCAGUGGGAGGCCUGAGGAGGAGGAGCUAAGCAGGUUUAUGAAGUUUGACAUCCCCAACUUCGUGAACACGGACCAGAACUCCUCCUUCGGAGAGGAUGAUCUUCUGAUUUCGGAACCACCUGUCCUUCUAGAAAAUAAGCCAGUUUCCCAGACCUCGCGUAUAGACCUGGGCUGAGAAACGCUUAUGGGUGCUCUCCUGGGGAUGCGUCUGUCUCUGUAUAGCAAGAAACCUCAAGCCACCCAAACUUUGUGUGUGUGUGCAUAGAGAAAGACAGGGAGAGGAAGAGGGAGAAGGAGAGAGAGAGAGAGAGAGAGAGAGAGAGAGAGAGAGAGAGAGAGAGAAUGAUGAACAGUGUUUAAAGUUUAAGGCCUAAGGCUAGACCUGGGACUUAGUGAUAGAGGGGAAGGUUGGAGAUGGAAGGCACCAUUUUGUUGGUUUUGUUUUUCUUUUUUUGGGGUGGGGAUAAUUUUUUUUUUUUUUUGGAUUGAAAACGCAUUUACAGUAUUAAAGCUUCUUUAUUGAAACAAUUGGCUGCAUAUGAUCUACGCUGGAUGAGGGGUAGAUCACUGCAUUCUAAUUUAGCCCAUUGCAUGUAUAAAAGUUGCUUUACCUCUCUGGACCACCACGGCUUUACAGGUAAAGUGCCUGUCCAGAGUGAUGACCCAUCCCAGCUCUAGCAUUUUGUGACUUUCAGACUUAGCCUUCAAGACAGGCUCAGAAAUAUAUAAGCAGUAGAAAAUAGAUCAUGGCAUCCUGGCUUUCAUUGCAGAUUCCCCAGGUCUUGGUACCUCCCCGCUCUCUGCUCAGUCCUUCUCUGAGUCGUACUUUAGUUAGGGGAACCUUUACCCAAUACCAGGAGACUCAUACACACUGUGGACAGUGUUCCUGCUGAGUUAUGUUGAGGCAGUUUAUGUGAGCAACUCCACCCACCUGUGCUUUAAACCUGGGACAGCUUUGACGCCAGCGAGUACCAGCCUAAAGUAUUUCACGAGCAUUUGUGCUCUCAAAAAAAGGGUAGGGCAGAUUGUCAUCUGGCUGAUGUGGGUCCCUUCUGGAUGUCCCUGUUUGCGUCCCUGUGCUCACACUGCUGAAGUAUUUGGCUUCAGAAUAAGAGGAUACUAUUUGCUGUGCUGUCUGUCUGCUUGGCAGCUGUGUAGGUGUUAGCUGCCUGGCUCGGAGCUGAGAUGAUCAGUGGUUUGUUUAUACCACACUAACAGAUGUUCAGGAUGGUGCUAUGUUAAUGUGAGCAACAUGAUGUUCACUGCACAAAGGAAUCAACCCUUUGCUGGUGUCAGGGGCUACUUGGUUCUGCAAACAGCGAGUUGCAUGCAUGACCAGCUGCUAAUCUCUGGGUGGCAUCUCCUUUAGGAGUCUGUCCACCAUUUGUCUUGCCUAAGUUGCAAAAUAAAAGCAUUUGCUUGAACAGGAAUUUUCUCUGGUUUAAUUUU